AACCGCAUUUCCCUUGAACGGGUCCGGCCAUGCUAAUUUGACUCUCUCUCUCUCUCUCUCUCUCUCUCUCUCUCUCACACACACACACACACAUAAAUUAUAUACGUAUAAACACAAUACAUUUAUACAUACAUACCUUUUCAACGAUUGUCUACUCGUUCUCUCUCUCUACUACGCUUAUGGACCUCCACAACAGACAAAAGUCACAAAACCGUAGUAGGUAACGCCAACUUCCCAUAGUCCAAACCCUAGAAACAAAUUCCAAUCACACAGUUUUUUGCACUUUUCGUCAACUGAGGAAAAACACGAUGAUCGACGCGGCGCACUUCUGUUUCCUCGUGCCGUCCUGGUGGGAGGUCGAGGUGACCCUCGCCGCCGCCGCCUUCGUCGUCGUCGCCUGCUGGUUCUUCACCUAUGGCGGCGCCGGCGGAAACCCCGAGGGGUCUGUUCUUGAGAAUCCCGGGUUUUCGGGCGAUGUCGUGGACGAUAAAGACAAGAUGUUCCAGCUUGAAGGAGACACUCAGACUAUGUCUGCUAAUAUGAUCACGUUGGAGCUGUUGGCAGCAAAAAAUCUUAUCAGUGCUAACUUGAAUGGCACUUCAGACCCCUAUGUAAUCAUCACAUGUGGUACAGAAAAGCGAUUCAGUUCAAUGGUUCCUGGAUCAAGAAAUCCUAUGUGGGGAGAAGAGUUCAUUUUUUUUGUUGAUGAGCUUCCGGUUCAGAUUAACGUGACUAUAUAUGAUUGGGAUAUAAUUUGGAAAAGUGCAGUCCUUGGUUCAAUAACUGUUCCUGUUGAAAAUGAAGGUCAAACUGGUGCUGUGUGGUAUACAUUGGAUAGCCCAUCAGGGCAGGUUUGCCUAAAUAUUAAGACAACGAAACUCCCUGUAGACUCUUCCAGAGUUUUGAAUGGCUAUGCUGGAGCUAAGGCUCGAAGAAGGAUUUCAGAUAAACAAGGUCCCACUGUGGUUCAUCAAAAACCUGGUCCUCUGCAAACAAUAUUUGAUCUCCCUCUUGACGAGUUUACUGAGAAUAGCUAUUCUUGUGCACUCGAGAGGUCCUUUCUGUAUCAUGGCCGUAUGUUUGUCUCUGCAUGGCACAUCUGCUUCCAUUCGAACGUGUUUUCCAAGCAAAUGAAGGUCAUUAUACCCUUUGGAGAUAUAGAUGAGAUAAGGAGGAGCCAGCAUGCAGUUAUCAAUCCGGCCAUUACAAUUAUCCUUCGCAUGGGUGCCGGUGGUCAUGGCGUACCUCCCUUGGGAAGUCCUGAUGGUAGAGUCAGAUAUAAAUUUGCAUCAUUUUGGAACAGAAAUCAUGCCCUAAGGGGAUUACAGCGUGCGUCCGACAAGUAUCAUUCAAUGGUAGAAGCUGAGAAGAAGGAGAAGGAACAGUCUGCACUGCGUGCACAUAGCAGCUCAGUUAGAGGCAGUAAAAGGCAGGUUAAGACUCCAGAGGAAAGCGUGCCCAAGGCUGUCAAGUUCCAACCCUUCAUUAGAGAAGAAGUUCUAGUUGGUAUAUAUCAUGAUGUUUUUCCAAGCACAGCGGAGCAAUUCUUUGCCUUAAUGUUAAAUGAUGGUUCGAACUUUAUAAAUGAGUAUCGUGCGGUCCGAAAGGACACUAAUCUUUCUAUCGGUCCAUGGCAUGCUGCUGAUGAAUAUGAUGGUCAAGUCAGAGAGAUAACAUUAAGAGCCCUUUGUAACAGUCCCAUGUGCCCUCCGGACACCGCAAUGACGGAAUGGCAGCAUGCUGUUUUGUCAUCGGAUAAGAAACAGCUGGUGUAUGAGACCGUCCAACAGGCGCACGAUGUACCGUUUGGGUCUCACUUUGAGGUACAUUGUAAAUGGUCUUUGGAGACAAUCUCUGAAUCCUCUUGCAAUGUUGAUAUAAAAGUUGGUGCACAUUUUAAGAAAUGGUGUGUGAUGCAAUCUAAGAUAAGAUCAAGUGCAAUUAAUGAGUACAAGAAAGAAGUGGAGUUGAUGGUAGAGGUGGCCCGUUCGUAUAUUAGAUCAAAAACUGGUGGUGGUGAGGUUGACAAUAUUGCUUCCCCUGCACCUACAACCAAUGUUGUUAUACUACAGAGCACAUAGCUUAGGCCCUUAGGGCAGUCUUUUUCAAAUAUUUUUUUUUCUUAACCUUCUUGUACUCUAAUCCUUUCUGUUUAUAGUGUAUAUUUAGAGCAUUGGGUCCAUUUUAGUCAGCAAAAUAGUCAAGGGACAUUUGUUGUUUGUAAAUGCAAACUCACCCUGCCUCCUUGAUAGAGAACAAGUGGUGUGUUACUUGUAAUGGCUGCUUUAAUAGAGCAUCUAUUUCGGUUAUGCAAUCAUCUUUGUUUC